AUAGUGCAACUGAAAUUAUGAUUCAACCCCGUGAUCUAUCACUUUUAUAUAUACUCCAGAGAGUAAAGCGGUUUCCAUAGAGAGACAAUAUCACAGCCUACUUAAUAAGAACACAAGAAAGAGAAGACGGUGACCAUGACAGCAACCUAAGUUCAGACAGAUGCCAGAUGAACGUUUCUGAUCCAUUAUCCCUCUCUAUCCUGAAGCUCCUGUCUGCUGUUGUUGGCCGAGCCUACAGAGCAUAGUUAACUUAUCGGCACAAUUGUCCAGUUCUCAAGAGCAGUACACAUCAACUACAUCAGCCUCUAAUUCUUCAGGGCAGAAUGCUGUUUUCUGUUCAAUUUCUGUUCCUCCUGCUGCUUCUAGGAACCUCAAGAACAAGCAACUCCCAUAAGCUCUACCAGACAGAGUCCAUCUUCAGGUGUAUUAAUGCAGCCCUGUCUGGGGCUAAGAAUCAACUGGAUGAUGGGUCCUCAUUGAGCAAGAGGAGCUUCGGUUACAUUCCCAGUGAGGAACUAUCAUCUGAGAAGGAAGACAAGAAGGACAAAGAAGAAGAUGAAGAAGAUAAGGAAAAAAGAACAUUAUCUGGUAGGGAUGGGAUUGGGGCAGGGAUUGAGGGUACCAGGUAUAAGUACCAGUCCCAGGCACAGCUAACCAGGAAGUUAUACCAGAACAAGGCCCAGAGUGAUCGGCGAACUAAGUUCACCCUGUCCCUUGAUGUCCCUACCAACAUUAUGAAUAUCCUCUUCAACAUAGCUAAAGCUAAGAACUUGAAGGCUAAAGCAGCUGCCAAUGCUCAUCUUAUGGCACAAAUUGGGCGAAGGAAAUAAAGAUGCUCCUAGAGUUAAGCAGAAGUUGAAGGGAAUGAGAAGCAUGACAGAGAGGUUAAGCAUGUAUUUAGAGGGAGGAGAGAUGAAGGGUAUACAUACCAUAUAAUUGGUAUGUAUAAUGGUUGGGAUCUACUCCUGAUUUAUCUAAGUCUCUUGUUUCUUCUUGGGUCUGCCUAGUGACUACAUUUUCUCUGUACAUAUAAACAAAAUGGUGUUUUUUAAACUUUAAAAGUCACAGAGGCUAAUGCCUCUUACAACUUGCUGUGUUUCCUUCCUCCAUCCCUCUGACUUAAACAAAGCUAAUGUUUUUCUUUUCUCUGAUCAUGUUCCCUUUAACCCUUUAUCUAUAAAGAGAAUUGCCAGUGUUUAUCUCUUUCUCAUCCUAUCUUAACCCUUCUUCCUCCAAAGCAGGUGACUGAUUUUUCCUCAUCUUUCACCCAAAUCCUAUUUCUCCAUACCAUAUU